AUGAAAAGAUUUUUUGUGUUAUUUGUUAUUUUUCUUGUGCAUAUAUGGUCAGAAAAUGUUGAUACCUUUAAAUGUAAUUAUUCGAAGAAAAAAAAAAACGGACAUCAUAUUAAGCGCCACAUAACAAAUGAUGAGGAAAAAAAAAAGGAAUACAGUUUUCUCAUGCUAGGUAAAGAAAACGAAGAAGAAAAUAAAGAAAACAAAGAAAACAAUCAAAAUGUAAAUAAAGAUAAUAAUGAUAACAAUAACAAUGAAAAAAAAAAUGAAGAACAAAACCAUAACAAUGAAAAAAAACAAGAAGAAGUAAUUAAUAACAACAAUAAUAAUGUAGAAAAUAAAAAAGAAGAAGAAAACCAUAAUAACGAUAAAAAAACAGAUGAACAAAAUCAUGUUAACGAAAAAAAACAAGAAGGAGAAAAUAAUAAACACAAAAAAGAUGACACGAUACCACCAGAAAAAAAAAUUAAUAAAGAAAAUUUAUUAGAAUAUGGUACUCAUGAUAAAGAAGGACAUUUUAUUCCUUCCUACAAAACAUUAACAGAUGAAAUCUUAUCAACAAAUAAUGCAAUGGAAAAAGCUUCGAGCUUUCUAAAAAUCGCCUGCUCUCACGUCAUGAAACUCAUAGAAUUCAUACCCGAGUCCAAAUUAUCUUCUCAAUAUAUUAAAGUUGAUAAUAAAAAUAUAUACUUAAAAGAUAUAGCUGUAGAAUGUCAGAAUAUUUAUUUCAACUUAGAAAAAUUUUCUAUGACUUUAAUUGUCUUUAAUUCAAAAAUAAACAAAUUUAUUUAUUCACAAGAAAAAUGA